ACGUUAUGUGCUGCUGCCAGAGCUGCUGCCCACAUGAACAGUGGCGUCAUCAGCGUUUCUGUUCAGUGGUUGGACAACGUAAAGCCAUUGAUAGAAAACCCGGACAUUGUGAGCACGUCUGAAACUUCCAACCUCUUCAUGUGACAGUGAGUCUAAACUCCAGCUGAGCUGCCGAUCUGAACAUUGAAAAUCUUUGCAAAGGACCGUAACCGCUAAAGCAGAAGUCUGGAUACAUCAGAUUUUCUACAAUGUCUGCAAUAUGGGAGGAAGUCCCGAGAGAUGAAAAUCUGAUCAACCAUCUUCAGGAGAUUGCUAAAGACACGGCACUUUUACAUGGAGUGUUGAUGCGGACCAAAGAAUCUCCAAACUCACCUGAGGUGGUGAGUUAUGCACCGUUCACAAUGUUUCCCACACGAGUGCCCCGGACUGUUUUUAAUCAGGCACUGGCAGUGCAAACACAUUUUAAUCGUCUGGUGGACCGGGUCAGUCAGGACCCUGAGUUUUUAGAGGAAACUCUGGCUAGCACCAUCAAAGUUGAUGAUUUUACAGCCAGGCUUUUUAACAUAUACAAAGAAAUUCAACGGGAAAGUCAACUCCAGCCGGUAGUUUUGGGUCUAAAUCGCUCAGACUACAUGUUAGACCAGAGUCCAGAUGGUAGGACAUCCCUAAAACAAAUUGAAAUCAACACCAUUGCUGCAAGUUUCGGUGGUCUUACUUCACGGACACCAGAUGUCCACCGUCACAUUCUGAAGGUUGCAAACCUGUUAGAGGAACGAAAUCAAAUUUUGGACAACAAUCCAGCAGAAGGUUUGGCGAGAGGUUUGGCAAAGGCCUGGGAGCUCUAUGGAUCUGAGAGGUCGGUUUCAAACUCUUUUAAUAUAGCAGUGGUGAUGUUUUUGGUUGAGGAUGUCCAGAGGAACAUUUAUGACCACCGAUAUGUAGAAAAUGAGCUGUGGAAAAAAAAUAUUCCUGUUAUCAGAAGACAGUUUGAAGAUGUUUGCAGAACUGGAUCUCUAGACCAAAGCAGGAAACUUUUUGUAGAUGGCAGAGAGAUUGCUGUUGUUUAUUUCCGUAACGGAUACAUGCCUCAAAACUACUCAUCGGAGCAGAGUUGGGACGCACGUCUGAUGAUGGAGCGCUCUCUGGCUGUGAAAUGUCCAAACAUCAGCACCCACCUUGCUGGUACCAAGAAGGUCCAGCAGGAGUUGGCCCGACCAGGGGUACUAGAGCGCUUCUUCCCUGAUGAACCUGAAACAGUUGCUCAGAUCCGGGCUACUUUCGCUGGACUCUACACCUUGGACAUGGGAGAAGAUGGAGAUAAAACAGUGGCAAUGGCUUUAGCCAAUCCUGAUCGAUAUGUGCUUAAACCUCAAAGGGAGGGAGGCGGUAAUAACAUAUAUGGCCAGGAGAUCUGUGAGGUGCUGGAGAAGUUAAAGGACUCCAGUGAAAGAUCUGCAUAUAUCCUAAUGGACAAGAUCCAGCCUAUCCCAGUGCAGAACUACCUGCUCCGGCCAGGAGAUCCUAUCGGACUCAAAUCCUGUCUGAGUGAGCUGGGUGUGUUUGGAGCGUACGUCAGGAAAGGCAAAGACAUGGUGUUUAAUGAAUGUGUGGGACACUUGCUGAGGACCAAGAGCUCUGAACACGCAGAUGGCGGUGUGGCUGCAGGAGUAGCCGUUUUGGACAACCCACUGCUUUUCUGAGCUAUACUGCCACCAAGUGGACACAAAGAGAAAUAUAAUCAGACAAAAACAGGGAUUUUCAUCUAACCUGGAAUUUGGUUUCUUGAACAAAAAUUGACUUCAGCCUUGUCUUUCCUGUAAACGUUUUACAUUUUAUUUAAUGGCUAUUGCAGUAUGUAAAAAGUAUGCAUUUAAACAUGUUAUUAAAAAUUGAGUUAUAAAACAUA